GUGUCAAAUGCAUCAUAAGGAGUUCGUCCUGAACUUAACUCUAACAUGAGAGCUCACCGUUGUGAGUGAUCCGUAAUGUUCGCGUAUUUUGUUCUUUUGAUGUCUGUCAGCACUAGACUGUGGUGGAAUGGGUUAAUGUCACUUUUUCGCCAAAGUGCCAAGUGGACCCUUUGCACUGUACCUCGGCACCAAGCAGAGACAAACAGACAGAGAUGGCUGAAGCGAUGGAGCUGGACUGGAUAUGACUCAUGGCUCCCUUCGACCUAGAUGCAUGUAUCCAGCAACUUCUCCGCAAACAACUGCUGCAUGAGGCCCUCUUACGCGAAAUAUGUGAAAAGACAAAGGAGGUCCUGAUGAGGGAGUCCAACGUCGUCCAUGUUAGUGCACCGGUGACCGUGGUGGGCGAUAUCCAUGGUCAGUUCUACGACCUCAUAGAGAUCUUCCGAAUAGGCGGUUAUGCGCCACAUACAAACUAUCUGUUCUUGGGAGACUACGUCGAUCGUGGCCUCUUCAGCGUCGAGACAAUCUCGCUGCUUACGUGUCUCAAGCUUCGGUAUCCUGACCGUGUCCAGCUCAUUCGGGGUAAUCACGAGUCAAGAGCGGUUACGCAAACAUAUGGCUUUUACACCGAGUGUGUCCGCAAAUAUGGCUCGUCGCAUGUUUGGACAUAUUUCACCGACAUGUUCGAUUUCCUGACACUCUCUGUCGUGAUUGACGACCGAAUAUUCUGUGUUCACGGCGGCCUAUCGCCAUCAAUCCACUCGAUAGACCAAAUUAAAGUCGUAGAUCGGUUUCGAGAAAUUCCCCAUGAGGGUCCAAUGGCAGACCUUGUGUGGUCUGAUCCUGACCCAGAAAAAGAAGACUUUGCAAUAUCUCCUAGAGGCGCAGGAUACACGUUCGGCUCUGGAGUCGUACAUAAAUUUCUCGAAACAAAUAACAUGUCCCACAUUCUGCGCGCCCAUCAACUAUGUAUGGAAGGUUAUUCAUCCCUGUUUGACAAGCACCUUUCCACAGUUUGGUCUGCACCGAAUUAUUGCUAUCGCUGUGGCAACUCAGCCAGUAUUCUCGAGGUGGGCCCUGGAGAGAGUAUGUACUUUAACGUAUUCGAAGCAGCACCGGAGAACGAGCGCGAUGGUCCCAGUCAUCAAGCUGCUCAAAAUGCGGGUGGGAAGUUGCCCGAGUAUUUCCUCUAGACGCUUUCUUACUUUACGAUGACUACGACACGAGAAGUCGUUUAUUGUUAGCCAGGACUGUGGCAUUGAAUUUGUAGCAUUAUCUGUACACAAAAACUCAUAGAUAAUAAAUCUCGAUACCCUCGAUGUUGUGAUAUCAAGAUGACUACGCUUUUUGGUUUGUGCGACGUGACGCUGAUUUGGUCCACGAUAGAUUAGACCGUUGACAUGGAGAUCUGGACUUGCUCACUUCAUGACAGGAAUUCGCGUGCUAGUCACAAUCCGCCGAAGUAUCCCUUCACACAAAAAGGGCCCGACUUCUGAGUCGCGAUCCAUCGCCGAGCCAGCUUAUCACCAUAUUCCCGCGAUGUAUUCUCCAGGUCCACGUAUCCAAAGUUGUUGCGAAAGUCCAAUUCCUGUCGCAAAGCGCAAAGAAGGUACUCGGCCCCGUGCCCAAGUCCGCACCGCCAAUAUUGCGGCAACGGCAUAUAACACAACACUCAUCUGAGUUCCCCAUCGUCGCCACCAGAGCACUAUGAGAGUGCGUAGCAAGUCCCGUUUCCGGCGCCGCCCAUGGCGAAGCGCGUGAGCCGAUGAUGGGCCUUGGGAGUGCGUAGACGGGGUAUAAACGGGAUACCCGAAGAAAGGGUUGAGAAUCGACAUCGGAGAGAUGGAAGUGAGCGGUGAGGAUCUCGAGUCGGUCAAUGAUUCUUGUGCUUGAGUGUGGUCAGGUGUCUGGGUAUGUAAUGCAGCUGUGGACUCGGCUGUGGAAUU